AUGGCCGAGCACCGCGUCUCCGAACCUCUCCCAGUGGGACCCACUCAGCUUGAAAAUAACUCUGAAACUAACGAUGAAAAAAACCAACACGAAAAAGAACAAGUCGGUGAAUCACCAUGUGUCACCGAGUCGAAACAAAACUAUUCAGCUAAUUCUAUUAAACACUCGAUAGAGCGAAAUUCAGAAACCCUAAUUGUUCCUCCAUCUUCGAUUUCGCAGAAGCAGAGUUUCGACGCAGAUUUACCGGGGAAACCUAAUUCGCUGAUUUCGUGUGUUAAAGCUGAAAAUCAGGAAACAGUUGGACCUCCUGAAAAGGAAAUUACUGCAAAUGAAGCAGCCCCGACACCUACAACUCCGACUGAAAAUCAGCUUCAAGUGACUGUGUGUUCAAUUCCACUGCCUGAACUAUCACCUGUUCAUAGCUUUAGUAACGCACCUGUACGAGUGGUAGACAAAAAAAAAUAUUCUGGUGGUAAAGCCUUAUCUUCAGUUUCUGUUCCGAGGACAUCGGCAUCUGAUGGAUACAACUGGCGGAAGUACGGUCAGAAACAAGUUAAGAGUCCUACUACAGGUUCUCGGAGCUAUUACAGGUGUACUCAAUCAAACUGUUGCGCUAAGAAGAUUGAAUGCUGGGAUCAUUCAGGUCAUGUGAUAGAGACUGUUUAUAAAAGUGCGCACAGUCAUGAUCCUCCGCGGAAGACUAAUUUCCUUAGGGAAAGUAAGUUUGCAUCUCCCAAAGAACCUACUGCAGAGAACAGUCUUUUAGUGAAGUCUGUCAAUGUUCUGAAAGAUUCUGAUCCGUCCACAUCUUCUAAAGCUCAAGAAGAAGCACCUUGCAGUGCUGUCAAGAAAGAACAAAACUCGUCUAAUAUCAAUGGUAAUGGUAAAGUUAUUGUGAAGGAGGAACAUCUAGACGAGCCAGAGCCAAAACGAAGAAAGGAGAAAGGCGACUUAAUUCAACGAGAUUCUCCUGUAAAACCUGAAAAGAAAUCCAAGUUUGUUGUACAUGCAGCCGGAGAUGUGGGGAUAUCAGGUGAUGGAUACAGAUGGCGCAAGUAUGGGCAGAAAAUGGUGAAGGGUAACCCACAUCCCAGAAACUACUACAGAUGCACUUCUGCCGGAUGUCCUGUCCGGAAGCACAUCGAGACAGCUGUAGACAACUCAGAUGCUGUCAUCAUAACUUACAAGGGUGUACAUGAUCACGACACUCCUGUGCCAAAGAAACGACACGGCCCACCAAGUGCUCCUCUCGUGGCUGCUGCAGCACCUGCCUCCAUGAAUAAUUUGCAGUUGAUUAAACCAGGCUCGCCACUGCAAAACCAGAAAAUUUCUACUCAAUGGUCAGUGGACACGGACGGAGAACUAACUGGGGAAGCCAUGGAGCUUGGCGGCGAGAAAGCAAUAGAGUCAGCUCGAACUCUUCUGAGCAUAGGUUUUGAAAUUAAGCCUUGCUGA